CAACAAGAAAUUUACUUUUCCACAUUGUCUAGUUGCUAACCAACGGAGCUGUAUUUUACCAUAAAAUUCAUCAAACCAUCUUUUUGACUUACAGCAGCACCCCUCUCUUUUCUUCCAUCACUUCCCUCAUUAGCACAUAAAAAUUAGCUUUGUAACCCUUUUAUCAUCUUCAACCUCAUCACAUUCUAUUCAAGUUUUCGUAAUCGGAGAACCAAUACCGACAAAUCUCGUUUUCAUGGAUUCCCUUUGGUCACCAUGGAGAAAGUUGUCUGUGUUUCUAAUGGCCUAUUUGUCCUCGGUAGCGUUGUUGUCAUCAUCGUCGUGGUCACCAGAACAUGUACGAUACUCGACUAUAUCGGCUGCACCGGCAUUCUUGCCGAGUGCACCACUAGCCUCUUCUCCAAGUUUACCCCCAGAUAUUGAGCCUUUGUUCCCUACUCCUAAUGGCAUGGCACCUUCACCAACUGAUUCAUCGGUACCCACGAUUCCUUCAAGCCCCAGUCCCCCGAAUCCAGAUGACAUCUUGGCUCCAGCUCCUGGUUUCUCACUUUCUCCAGCAGAUCCUUUGCCGGUAUCCACUUCGGUUUAUCCAACAUCACCUUGUGCUCUAGAAUCAACAUUGUUUCUUGGCUUGCUGGUUCUUUGUUUAUUGCAGCAGCUGUCUUGUGUGUGAAUUUCUGUUUACUGCAACCCCCAAUUAGCCCUCCUAAUAGUUUCACUCUGAAUUUUUGUAACAUAUAUUGCUUACUUUGAUGUUAUUGUCCUGUGAAAAUGUAUGGCAUUGUUGUAUUAGCACAAAGA